UUUGUUUCGGUGAUGUGUGUUGUAUAUAUUUCAUAUUAUAUCACAUGCAUGAUUACGUCUGUACCAAUCUACCCGUGAAUUGUUUCACCACACCACCAACUAGAUUCUCUUUUGAAAAUUUAAUCUAUAUUUAUAUUUAUAUAUCAAUCAACCAUCCAUUUCGCCCUCUUAUGUGCAUAUCAACGACAAUAAUAGUAAUAAUAAUAAUAAUAAUAAUAAUAACAAUAACAAAUAUAACGAUAAAAAUAAUAUAGUGUGUUACGAUAAAGAUUAAAUAUCUUAAGUAGAGCAAUAAUUAAGCCCAAGUAUUUGUACGUCAUAAAAAUAAAAAGAAAAAUAAUUGUCAAUUAACUUCUUAGGCAAUGUACAAACAUAUUUUUUUUUCCGCAUUUAUACAAUACAUAUACAUCUAUAUAUAUUUUAUGCGGAUACAUAAAUAAGUAUGCGUUAGAUAAAUAAAAAUAAUAACAACAAAUGAUACGUGUUACAAGUUAUUGCAAUAGCAAUCACAAAAAAACCCAUAUGCAUACAUCUUAUAUACUAUAUGUAUGAUGUAUAUAUACAUUAGAAGUAAUAGCAGCAAUACAACAGUAUAAAAGAGAAUAACCAAAGAAGAAGAUGAUGAUAAAGAAAGAAGAUGUCUAUUUAAUUGUGUGUCGCGAGUUCCUGGCACGGUGCCGCUGAUGUUUAUAACCAGUAGUCGAGUGUGUCAAGAUCAUUUAUCAACACCUUAUUCAAUAACUUUAACUAGUAAUUCUUAUAAAUUUAAAAUGAAUAAAAAAUUAUUUACUGUUACAAGUAUUUGCUUUUUAAUAACUAUAUUAAUAUUUAGUAGUGCUGCUAGUGAUGAUGAUGAUAAAAGUAAUAAUAACUAUAAUGAAUUUAAAAGAAAAAAAAAACAAUUAUCAACGUUAUCUUCUCCUUUAUUAUUAAAAUUAAAAAAUGAUCGUUAUAUUGAAUUAAAAGAUCCGCCAAUUUUACGUGUUACACCUAUAUCACUUUUUGAUUUAGAUUAUAAAUCAAGUCAGGAAGAACUUUAUGAAGAAAUGGAUGAGUUAAUAAAAUUAAAACGUAAAUUAAAUUCAGAGAAUGAAAAUUAUAAAAAUAAAAAUUUUAAUAUAAAAAGAGGUGAUAUGGAUCCAACGGUUGAUUAUUCAGUGGUGCUUGAGGAUAAAAUUGAUGAUAAAGUUCCAGAGAGAGGUGACAUUGUUACUCGUAAUAAAAGAUCUCAUCAUUAUAAUAAUAAUAAUAAUAAAAAUAAUGAUGAUUAUGAUUAUUACGGUGAUAAUUAUGAUGACGAUCAGCAACUUUGGGGAUUUGAUGAAGAUGAUGGUAUUUUUUUAAUUGAUCAGGAGUAUAAUGAUAAUUAUUAUCAGGAUAAUAAAAAUAAAAAUGAUAAUAAUUUUGUUAAAAAAUUAAAAAAUAAAGUAACAUCACUGGAAUCGAAUAAAAAAAUUAAUAUAAAUAAUGAUAGACAGGAAGAACUAGAAAAGAAAUUGCAGGAUUAUAUUGAUCGUAAUCGUCCAAUAGUAUUAAAUAACCGAAAAAAUAAUGUAGAUAAUUAUCAAGAGAUGGUUAAAAAAUUAAAUGAAAUUCCUGUAUCAGCAAGAAUAAUAAUAGACAAAAAUAAAAAUUCAAUAUCAUCACCGUCAUUUGAAACAAGAAAUAAUUUUGAAAGGGAUGUUGAUUUUCCUGUAAUAAAUCCAAAUCGCAAAGGAAUCCAAGUAGCGAAUUUUCCAGUUGUCUCAUCAAGACCAUUGUCAUCAUCAUCAAUUUCAGCGCAACCAGGACCUUGUAUUUGGGCAAUUGUACAGUGUUGUCCUAGUUUAUCUUCCUCCUCCACAUCCAAGGAUAAUGUUGUUGAUCAUCGAGUGAUCAAGUGUUUUGAGUACAUGGCUUGUCCAGGUGUUGUAAAUUGGAACAACCCCAGCCCGUGUCAAGGAUCUAUUGCUAAUGCUGCUAGAGCUGAGGUUCUCAAAUACUACUCUUAUCGUUCCUAAUUUUUUUUUUCUAAUAUAUCCUAUAUAGAUCUUUAAUACCCUUUAUUCUACAUAUAAUAUAUUUUUAUUAUCUCUGUUAUUGAUUUUAAAAUAUUCUUUUUAUUAAUUUUUUUUUCUCCUAUCAAUAGUUUGCUACCGCUGCAUACUUACUGAUAAAACUAAUGUAUAUAUACAGUAUUGUAUAACUUACCAGCUUCGUUACGCUGGCCGACACCUCGUUUAUCGCCUUUUCCCAUUCUGCUUGUUUUUUUCCUUUCCUUCCUUUUCUAUAUCCUUAUCCUAUUCUUCUCUACUUAUUUUAUGUUAUCAUCCAUUUACUAUGUAAUAAAUAUUAAUUAAUAUUUACAGCAAAAACGACAAAUAUAUAUAUAUACAAUUAUUUUA